UCAUGAAAAAAAUGGUGGAAACUCAUUCUCAUUCUACAACUCUAUCGUGGGAAAUUCUCAUCCUCAUUGCACAUUACCUUGACCCUAAAACAUUAGCCAUAGCUUCAUGUGUAUCUAAAUCAUGGUUACAUUCUAUGUCAUCUGAUCUUCUUUGGAAACCUAUCCUAACAACCCAUUUUCCUUCUCUUUCCACUCUUCCAUCCAAUGUUUCAUAUUGCCGCCUCUUUGCAUUAGGCCACGGCGCAGCCAAGCGCCGUCGCCAAUCUCCUUCAAAGCCAACUCUCUCGCUUGGUGACCUAAUUUUCGCGGUAUCGAUUACUUCCAAUCGAGACUCCAGGACGAUAGGAGAAUUUUCCUGGCCGGUGGAUGCACUCCAGGAAGAUCCUCCUGGCGUUUUUCGAUUUUGUAUUGGAUUUGAUUGCGGUGGUGGUGUUGCGGUGAGGAAUGAGGGUUUGGAGGAGGUGGUGAAGGUGACAUGGAAUGUGGUGGUGAAAGGGUGGAGAGGGGUUUUUACUUUGAUGGAUUAUGUUGGGAAGAUGGGGUUUGUGGGUGGAGGAGAGGAGUGGUUUUCACAGGAGUUACCGGCUCCGGGUUGUUGUUCGAAGGUGGUGGCGAGUUCAGUCGUGGCGGAUAUGAGGGUUGGGAUGUGUGGUUGUGGUGAAAGUGAUGAUGGUGGUGGGAAAGUGAGGGUGGGAAAGAUAAGUGUGGGGAUUUUGAAUGUUGAUGAUUGGAGGUAUGUUGGUAUUGAAGAUGGUCUUAGGUAUUUGCAACAUUUUCUUCUAACUUAAUAACUGAUGAUGACUUUGUACAU